GUACAUACUCAGAAUCUGUGAUUGAGGCUGGUUAAAAUACCUGUGUAUGUCGACCUCGCUGAGGACGUCGACCAACAAUCCUUUUAAUCUACAUACAUCGCUCGGACUCGUAUUCUACGGAAAACGGAAGAUUUUUUUAAUUGUAUGGUCAUGAUGAAGAAAAUUAAGCAUGGGGAAUUGUUGCAGCAGUAGAAAACAAGAAGAGCAAUUACCUCGUCCCCCUCCAGGACGUAGACGGUAUUCUUUAGGCAAUACUUGUAAGUCUAUUGUUGGUCCGUGAUGAGGGUUAGAAUUGAUAUUAACAUUCUUUUCAGAUAAUAAUUACCGUACAAAUCCUAUAUUAGAACUACUAGAAGAAGAAUAUCAAAGUAAUAGGAAUUUGGAAAUAAAAAAGAAAGGCAGGCCUAGGCGCGAGAGGCACGAUCUGGAUGAAGGUUUAGGUCCCAGACGAAUUGAAGCAUGGGAAAGUAGAGGUAAGAGUCGCAAUGGGGUCCGUCAAAGAGCUGUUCGAGGUGCCGGUAAAUCGCGCAAAAUUCGUCUCUCAAAAUCCCGCAAGAAAACCAAGACACGUAGAAGGAAGCGGAUGGAUUUCAUCGAAGAUGAUGAAGAUGACAGUGAUAGCGAAGAUAGCGAGGUUGGGACCAGUGAUGAUGAUAGUGAUAGUGAUAGCGACGAUGAUUCUGGAGUUGGUCGCCGGAAAAUGUCAACGUCUGUCAAACGACGGCGAAAUCAACAAUCGCGUAGUAAACGACCUGGAAAAGAGAAAAGUAAUUGAGGAGAACGAGAGCGAGGAAGAGUACCAGGACGAAUCUUUGGAAGAGAAAGAUGAUAAUGAUGACGAUGAAGAGGACGAGGACAGAAAUUAUAAACGGAAAAAUAAGAAAAGCAAAAGCAAGCAAAACGCCAAGGAAAAUUCGAAGAAAAGAGUAAAGGCAAAGACUCACCCAAAAUCAAAGGUCAAAAAGCUGGUAGAAGAUGAUAAAAUUGCUCUUUUAGGGACAGAAAAUGUUGAAAAUGAUGACGAAGGGAACGAUUCCGAGGAUGAAGACGAGCAUGGAGAUACAAGUAAAAUCCAAGAGUCGGAAAUAAAAAGAACAGCGAAGGGAAAUGAAACCGAAAAGCCAAAUCCUUAUCGAUGGACAAACCCCUCGCCAAUAUUCGACAAGAACAAGGGUAGUAUCUACCAAAGAGCCAGAGCGAAAGGUUCAGACCGAGAAUCUAUUCGCCAACUCGAAAUCCAACAUCAUCGCAAAAGGCGAGAACGAGCAUCAUCUUCGAAAAAACCCAAAAUAUCUAUUUCAAAAGACACUAGUGAUGAUGGUUGGACCGACACAGACGCAUCUUCACUUGCAACCUCGAAACGGUCUGGAAGUACUUCUUCUAGAUUAUCCUCACUAUUUGGCCCACGAAAUCGAAGUUUAACUCCUGAACCAACAUCCCAUUUGAUGUCCCCCAUAUCACCACUUACUCGACCUUCCAUUUCAUCCAGAACAGGAGAAACUACAUUUGGCGCUACUGUUAUUAGGGCAUCGCCUCUACAAGAGAUUGUAUCCGCAGACUCAUUACCAGCAAAUCCUGAACCGAAUGAUACUAUCAUAACACCUCUCCCAGCAGUACAUCAACGAGCCUUAUUACCUUUGCCCAAGACAAGUGAUCCAUGUAUGGAGGGAAUGAAAAAAGUUAUUUUUAUGAGUCGCGGUAAGAGAAGCUCGAUCAAACUAGUGCCUUCAGAUGGAAAACCUACAGACCCGGAUGAUGUUGAGAUUAUUCUUACGAAAUGAAGGGGAAUGGUUGGUAGGAGGGAGGUCCAGUGAGGUAUUUUAAUACUUGAGUAUUGUAAGAUUAUUGCUUCUCUUUUUUGUUUUCGUUUCGUCAGAUGAGAAUACGAGUUAUUCCAUCUAGAGAGAUGAGAGCUCAAAAAGAGGGAACUAGUGUACCUAAUGGCAGGAGUUGCAAAGUGGAGGGUGGGUUUGAUUUUGAAUAUAGCCUUGCAUAUAUCGUAAAACAUCAAUAUAACACUUGUUAAAAUCUGCCUAUUU